AAAAACUGCUACUCAUGAUGCAGAAAUAAAGAAAUUAUAUGAAGAGAUGGAAUAUCAGAUUAAACAAGAAAAAGAAAGAAUAGUAUCAGAGGAAAGAGCUAAAGAAAAAAGUUUAAGACUGACUAUGGAGCAAGAAUUACAAGAAAAAGAAAGAUUAUAUCAAGAAAUGUUAGCUAAACAACAAGAAAUGGAAAGCCGAUUGGAAGAAAUGAAUAAUAUAGAAGCUCAAACUAAAGAAGAAAAUGAAAGAUUAUUGAAGGAAAGAGAGUCAUUAGAGAAUAUGUUAUAUGAAUCACAAGAAAGUUUACAGGAAUCUCAAUCUUAUAUUAAUCAUCUUAGUUCACAGUUUAAAGAUGAUAAACGACAAAGAGCAUUUGCUGCUUUAAAGUUAUCAGAAGGUAUUGCCUUAGAAAGAGAAAGUCUGGUAAAACAACUGGAUACUUUAAGAGAUGUUAAUACAAGAUUACGAGAUGAUAGAGAUGAGGCAGAACAAUGUGAAGCAAGGCAAGUAUUAAAAAUAUCUUCUUCUUCUGCGUGUUAG